AUGUUGUCCCCAUCCGCGGCUAAAUAUCUAGAGGAACUGAACCUCUUUGAGGCGAAAUGCGAGUCCUCCGAUCAACAACUUCUCUCACUCUACGAGCGCUUCAAAACCUCCUACUGUGGUGCAACGGCAACAUCCUCGACAUCGUCUAUCGACUUUCGAAUCUUCGCACUCGCUAACAUCACACCUUAUCUCGUAGAAGCCCUCUGCAGACUUCUCCAUCGAUCGACAAUUGAACGAAUUCCCACGGCUGACAACGUGAAGAAUCGCCUGCAAAGUCUUGCUGUUGGGCUGGAAACUCAGCCGCAUGUCCUUGUUGAAUUUCUCGGGCGCGACAUAUGCUUGAGCCGGACAGCCAUCGGACAUAUCCAGGACUGCCUCUCUGUCCGCCCAGACAUCCGCCUCCCUGACCUGCUCCAACUCCUCUACGACGAGCAGGCCAAGGUGCUCAACAACCCCAAGGGACUGCGCCAGGUCGCCGACAUCACCUUCUUACGGCGCGUGAGGGAAUCUCUCAACCCGGGUGUUGCCAAGACAAAGAAGCUCACCGUUGCCCGACCUGGACCUCCCCCCGGCGCUCGUCACCCAUCCCAGGACGGGUGUGCUGACGACAUCGUCAAAGAAAGUAUGGUCAAUCUACGCCAACCGCCCCGCGAGACGUUGCCGGCGGCUUCUGAAACCCACAAACACACGCUUGUCGACAGUGCCGACACCAUUGUCGGAUCAAACCAGUCUGUAAAUGAGGACGAGUCAUUCUCAUUUGCUGGCAGCGGGCGGUCCUCGCCAGUCAAUUCGCCCGAAUCUGGACGAAGAGCGGGGUCGUGGUUCGAGGACCAAGGCCUGUCCGAAAUGAGCGAUCUCCUUCCACCGGACUCGCCCCAGAACCAACACCUUCCACCCGCAAAACGAAAGCAAUGGGACCCACUACACGAGCAAACAUUCAUACCAGAGGCUGGAGAUGAGAUGAUACAGACAGACAGUAUCCACCAGAAACCGUCGCCUCACGAUAUAGAGCCAGCUAGAGACGAGGAAUUGAAGACACACAACGCCCAUCAGACACCAACGUCUCGGGAUACACAGCCAGAUCCAGGACCCGGGCCAGAGAGCUCCAAAGCGGUCGCUGUGGCAAACAUGCUCAAGGUAACCACGAAGGAGGCUAAGCCACCGCGGGGCGAUUCGGUGAAUAGCGAAAGGUCAAAUGGCGUGCAACGAGGUUCGGCCGAAUCCCGCGUCCAUCCAAAGUCUCAGCAGGCCUCUUUGGACACUCUGAUCGCGGGCCUACAUUGUCUAGACGAUGGUCACAUGCUGAACGACGCCGUCGUCAAUAUCCUAAUUGGAACUCUCGCAUGUGACAGCGUGGGCGUCAUUGACAGUCUCCAGCUCACUAGCCCCUUCAAACCGUCCCCGGGUCUGCAGAUGCGACUGUUGGCCAUGCGUGAAACGAACAUCCUUGUCAUGCCAUGCUUCCACCGGCAAAGCAAUCAUUGGCGGCUCUUUAUCCACUUGAGAGGUUCAGACUCCAUUGCGGAGCUCGACUCGCUGAAUCUUCCAAACAAGCAGGGAUACAACACAGUGAUCCCAAUGGUAGCGCGAAUCCGUGGCCCUCCCGGUCCCACAAGAGUUGAGAAGAUCCGGUGCGCCCAACAAGGCAACAACAUCGACUGUGGCGUCUUUACCGUGGCGUUUGCCAUGAAGAUUGCGCCCGCCACGACAUUUCCUCCGCCAGGCCUCGAAGACCAAGUCGAUGUGCCCGUCUUGCGGCAAAGGUACAAAAAGAUGCUACUGACAUCUACCCUCGCCAGUCCUCCAGCGGCCCUUCUUGCUUUCCGCCCUCUUCGACGAUUACAACCGGGGCCACACAACCAUCUACUAGGGUCGGACAUCAACGUCAUUAACUUCCAACGGCGAUUAUGGGACAAAUGCCGUCAUUUAAGAGUCAUUAGAGGCUUUGAUGACAAUCGAAUCGCCAGUCUACAACUGCAAUCCGAGCUCAUCCAGGCUUCAGCAAUCUGCUGUACCGCAGGCCUCGUCGAUAUGCACCAUUGGCAUGCUACAGCGAUAGACGAGGCAACCAGAGCGGCCACUGCCAGGCGUACGCUCUCUGUUGUGACACAAAUGAGGGAUCAGAUGGCUGAUCUCCUUACGAAAUGUUCUGGAACCCAGAACAGAUACCUUUCCGCCCAGCAGCAAGUGGCUCUUCGGAUGAUGGGAUCUGCCAUUGGCACCGCUAUCAAUGAGUUUCCCGAUCAUACUCAGUCAAGCGCCCAGGCCCCAACCCAGUCCUUGGAGUGGAGUCUCUGGACAAAAUGUGUCGUCUGGUGGCUAACGGCAAGGCGUGCUACAAAUCUGUGCCACAAGUUACAGAAGCAGUGGCAUGCCAACCAUGCACAGUUGGUCGACGCGAGCAGGGAUGAGGCCGAGGCAAUGGGAAUCAUGCACAGGAACAUUUGA